UUAAUAAUUUUAAAAACCGUCUUCCCAACCCGGAAGUGCCCUGUUAGGGGUUGUUCGCCUCCCGAGUCCUCGUUGGUGGCGCUACUUCCGGUGCUCUGUCAAACAGGCUCCCCGCACCGCCUGUGUCCUCCGCUUCCGGUCCGGCCGAGGGAGGGACCACGGGACGGGGCGGGGGUGUUUGGGGGCGCGGCUGAGGCGGCGGCUGCUGCUGCUGCUGCGCGCGAGACCCCGCCGGAGCGGGCGGUUGCCUGCCUGCCUCCUUGGCUGCCUGGCUGUUGUGGUCGCCGCGCUGAGAUUCCACUGCUCUCCAGAGGCUUUGGCUGGAGUCUUCUCCAGCAGAACUCUCACCUUAUCGCAGCCAUGUUAACAGCAGGAUGAAACUGGAGGCUGUCGUGGAGCAGCUGCAGAAGCAGAAGCAGCAGCAACAGCAAGCAGCCCCUCUGCAGAUGGAUUCCAGGGAAAGGCAACAGAGGCAGAUGAGGGAAACCCAGCUGCAUUAUGCCCAGCAGCUGACGGUGCAGCAAGCUGCUCUCGGUGCCACAUCUGGAAAGGCUCCAGGUGGCCCCCUCCUUAGUCCUUCCGCCCGAGUCCCACCUGUGCUUGGGGCUGCCCAGACGUUUGAUCAGAGCAGUAUGAACUCGGAGGAGGAAGAGGAAGAAGAAGAGGAGGAGGAGGAGGGAGGAGAAGAAGAAGAUUUGGAAGAUGGUGACCUUGAGGAUGAUGCACCAAGAACUGGGAAAGAGUCAUGUUCCGCUUUGAAGUAUUUUCGUGCUUCCAAAGUUGCCCCCCACAACCAAAGAGUGGCUUCUUCCUCUAAUCCUCUGCCUAUUCUAGGGGGGCAGCGGGGGCAGCAGGGAAAGGAUGAGCAGGGUAAUGAGUCUGCCAACCCUCCAUAUUGUGGUUCAUCAUCCGGAAGGCAGGCCUGGAGGCUGGAUGAGCAGCUCAAGCAGAAUGGGAGCCUGAGCUGGAAUGAAGAAGCUGAUGGCAGCAGAGGAAGAGAGGUAUCUCGAGACUUUGCCAAGUUGUAUGAACUGGAUGGUGAUCCUGAACGGAAGAAGUUCUUGGAUGACCUCUUCAUUUUUAUGCAGAAGAGGGGGACACCAAUCAACCGCAUCCCCAUCAUGGCAAAGCAGAUUCUCGACCUCUACAUGCUUUACAAGCUGGUGACCGACAAGGGAGGGCUGGUGGAAAUCAUCAACAAGAAGAUCUGGAGGGAGAUCACCAAAGGCCUUAACCUACCCACCUCCAUCACCAGUGCUGCAUUUACACUUCGCACCCAGUAUAUGAAGUACCUCUACGCCUAUGAAUGUGAGAAGAAGUCCUUAAGUUCUCCCGCUGAGCUGCAGGCUGCCAUUGAUGGCAACAGGCGGGAAGGCCGGCGGCCCAGCUACAGCUCCUCCUUGUUCAGCUACUCCCCUGCUGCCACGGGGCCCCCUUCGCUCUUGUGCCCUCCAAAGAUCCGCUUCCCCAUCGUUAGCCUCGCCCCUGGUGGCGGAACCAGCACCCCUCACCUGUCUUCAGCAGGCGCUCUCAGGAAAGGUGACGGUGUCCCCUUGACCGUGUCCACGCCAAACCGCAUUGCCAUGCCUGUGGCCUUGGCGAAUCAGCAGGCGGCUGUGACGGCAGCGGCACGAACUGCUACCCUGGACCAGCUGAGGGAGAGGCUGGAGUCUGGGGAGCCCACAGAGAAGGUGGCGCGGAUGACGGAGGAGGAGCAGCGCUUCAUCCAGCAGGCCUUUCAGCGGAACCUCUUCAGCAUGGCCCGGCAGCUGCCCAUGAAGAUCAAGAUCAAUGGCCGAGAGGAUAAAUCAGAUUCAGCAGCGACAUCAGCAGCACUGAACUGGACCCCGUCUGGCUUUGGAAGCAUUAAUAUGUCUGUGGAAAUCAAUGGCACAAUCUAUGCUGGGGUCUUGUUUGCCCAGAAACCUGUCGUCCACCUCAUUGCCGGAUCCAGCGCGCAGAGUACCGGCGGCGGCAGCAGCAGUUCCUCCCACUGUUCACCCAGCCCAACCUCCUCCAGGGGCACACCUGGUGUUGAGCCCUCAACCAGCUGGUCUCUCUGAGGGGGAAGCAGGGAGGAGAUGCUCUCUCUCUCCUUGACCCCAAGCGGUCCUGCCGGUGACCUCGCCUCGAGGAGCCCGCUUAGAAGACCAGCCAGUGGCAGAGAAGCAAAGAUCCUGUGCUGGCAAGGAUCCUGCCGAGGUGGUCUCUUGCUGCCCAUCUCACCUUUCUUCAGGUCUUGCUGUGUCCUCGGUGGGAAAAGGGGGGCAAGGGGGUGGGGGCGGGAGGGGACACAGGGCGUGUUUCAAUCAGGGAUUCUCUGGACGAGCUGUGUGAGUUUUUGUAGAUGACUGAGCAUCGCCACUGUAGCAAAAGGCGAAGGCAAGAAACCCAUUUUUCCAUGCUUCAAACGACCUUUUUCCCCUAACAUGACUGCGGUGUAUUGACAAUCCUACCCCCAGAGGCAGGGGGGGAACAUAGCUCUCUUCUCUCAUAUACCACCCCCACAUCCUUGAAUUCCUCUCUCCAGCUUGCUUUUAUACACAGAGACACACAAACCCAUAUUUGAUCCCUCUGUGUGUUAAUGUGCAGGUCUUACUGGGUCUCUUUCCUCUUCCCAGUUAGCAGCCAGCCUUGACUCAAAGGGCCUGUGCAUGUCCUGCCUUGCUCUGUCCUUAGGUUUCUCCUGCUAGCUUCCUCUGGAGGUGUCCGACAGUGUGGAAGUUCCCUUUCGUGCUGCUUCUGCAGCAUUGAGCAAGGCCCCUGGGAGGCUGGACAGGUCUUUGGAGAAAUCUGCACCAGCGGCCCUUCGCAGCUUUGCCCAGCCUUCCCUGCAGAACUGGGGCUCAGGCGCCAGCAGUGGCAGGUUCUUCCACAGCCUCACUCCUAUCCAGCCUGCCCAUGAGGUCAAGUUGUGCAAUUCUAUUUCUCCAUUCUUUCUGCCUCAGGGGUGGGUGGGGAUGCAUGGAUUAUUUUUUUAAUUUAAAAAACUCUACCAGUCAGAAAGCUAAAGGUGAAAGUGGUCAGGCACAUUUUAUGCUCCACCCAUCCUUGCUUCUCUGUCUCCCCCCAAAUGUAACUGGGAUUGGGCAUCUUGAUGCUGAAGAAACAAAGCUGUUCUUGCAUUGCUGCUGCCUGUGUCCACUCACUUAACACUUGCCGAGAACCCUCUGUGAUCCCAGCCUAUCAAAGGGGGAUUGGCUGCUUCCUUGUGCAUUGGCGGGGCCAGCCCUAAUUGACUGCCCCACAGCCCUAGAACAACCAGAGGCUUUGGAGCACCUUCCCCCACAUCUUCCCUUCUAAAAUCUUGAUGAGGGAGCCAUGUGCUGAUCCUUAGCACAGAUGGAACUCCUCUUCUCAAUUGCUUCCCCCUCCACACUUGUGCACACACUUAGCACUUCCUUAUACCUCCCCCCAUUGAACUUCUGCCUGUUUCUGCUUCCUCCUUGUAGCAGAAGCCCACUGCCUGCCUGUUGCACCGGCAGCCCCCACCUCCUUGCCAACAGGGAUCAGCCCUCCCUCUCCUACCCUGACGAGUCUCAGUCAUGCUACAGAUCUGCACCAGCUUCUCCCGAGCAGAUGAAAUACCUCAGAAAUAUGUACUUAUUGCUGUGUUGUUGUUGGGGUGUUUUUUUUUCUCUUUCUCUCUUCUGGAAGGAUUUGCAUAUGUUAAAGCUUCUUUUUAUAUGUCUUGUUGACUGCUUUUUAUUUUAAAUUUUAUAUAUUGUAGCACCAAAGACACACCAAAAAAAAGGAGCCCCCUGAGUUGAAGGAUCAGAAACCUUUGAUGUCCUCAAGAUAGCAUGGAAGCACUUGGCUCAUGGGGUAAUAGGUGGUGGUGGAAGAUGCAGGUUAAUUUCUCAGGCUGACUUUCUCUCUUUCCCUCUUGUUGGUUUGAUGUUGUUUUCUACUUGAAGGGCUUAUUAGUUGUUCAGGAUUUUCAAAACAAUCCAUGUUAGGUGCAUAAAACAAUCCAUGUUAGGUGCAUCUCAGUCCCAAAACAAUGAGAGAACUUUGUUUCCUUAUUACCCUUGAAGUAAAGUCCUGGGCUGUAAUUCUGAUUAUUUCUGGCCUCUUGAGAGCUCGCUGCUUCUCAUGGGAUUCUAACCCAAGUCCUGCACGGCAGGUGGAUCUCUGGAGGCUGCUAGCCCCUCUCAGAAAUGCAGGUGUUUCCCCUCCCCUCCCCUCCCCUCUUUUUUAAAGGCUCCCUCAGAGGGAAAGCAGAACCCCCAGCUUGGAAAAGCUAGGCACAUCUGUAACUGUGAAGCUACUGGGAAUGGUUGAAGUGAUGUUUUUUUCUGGCUACAAGAAAUAGAUUAGGGGACACACACACACUAAAUCCUCUUCCUUCCACGAUGUUGCUUUUGGACAAAUUCCUGCAGAGGAAAGAUACGCCCUUAGGGGAGGGAAACUUUUUGUAUUUGAAGGGUGCAUUAAAAUGCAUUAUGAGUUAAUAAAUAAGAACGUUCCUUUCUGGACACAUCUUUGAGCACAAGAAUGGACCACCUAAAAAGACAGUGGACUCUCCUUGGCUGUAUGUUUUUUAAGCCGAGGUCAGAAAGCCACCUGUCAGGGAUGCUUGCUUUAGUUGUGAUUCCUGCAUUGCGGGGGGUUGGACUCGAUGGUCCUUGGGGUUCCCUUCCAACUCCACAAUUCUAUUAGUCUUUGAUGGUGCUUGGUCCUGCAGGUUUUCCGUUUUUUAAAAAAAUACUGGAUUUCUAGGUCCAGUAUGUUUCUCCCAGGUGUGUUCCUCUGCAGUUACUUACCCAAGGCACUCCCAACUGCUAUGUAUGUGAGCAUGUACCACUGAGCCAAGGAAAUUGCUGUGGUGCCAAGUUCACACAUCCUUCCAAGUGACGCCACAUUCAUCCCUCCGCCAAUCAGAUUUAUCAAAGGGGACGUGAGCAAGAGAAGAUGCCAUUCCUGCUGGAAGGCCUCAAGUCUGCGCCAGGGAGGCUCAGCUGGCAAGCCAGAUGUGGCCUGCAAAGCAUUCUUGCCUGGCCUGCAGCCACCCUGCCAAACUUCAAGCAAGGCAUUGUAAAAAGUCUAGCCUUUGUAGGAGAGAAAGAGAUUCCACACUUCAGUGUUAUCUCUUUUCAGCCAACAAGCUGCUUGGAAAAGCCGUGGGACACUGGAUGCUUUCCAGCAGACCAAAACUGCAGAGAACCAAGUCGGUCCAUCAGAAUCUUGUUUUUAAAAAUGCAACAGCAGCAGAAUCCUGCAACUAAAUUGUCACAGAAUACAAACAAACCUUGAAGAAAAGAUCUGCUGAAACUGAAAGCUUGCUCAUACUUGGGGUGUUUUAGUUGACCCGAUAAAGGUUUUAUACUGCUAUUACAGUGUAGGAGAUUCCCUGCCCGUUUCAUUGUAUUGCUGUCUCAUGCAGAUUCUGGGAAAAACAAAGCCCCACGCCCAGGCUACCUCUUUUGCAGAUCUUUGCGAAGCAAUUCUGCUCCCCUCCCGCCAACCGAUUGCCUUCCCCCAUGUGACUGCAUGGCUCCCAAACUGUGACACUGCUGGAUGAUUUGGAGCAGAUAGUGUGUCACAACACACCUCUGGCCCCUGGGCUGCUGCUCUAGGGAACACAGAAGCCUGGGUCAGAUCUGGCCAGCUGUGGACCGAAUAGUCUGCAAACAUAUAUUUUUUCUCCCUUGCCACCUUGCUAGAUUUAAAUGAAAAAAUGUGGCUGGAAUUCUGCCCGCAUACGCAGUGAUGGGGAUUCCACAUGAUAGCAUUAUCUUUGUCUUUGGGGAUUCUGCAGCAAAAUCCAGCUCUGUCCCCUGCAGCAGCAGCGACCCCCCCACCCCACCCCCAGCUGACUUGAUAAGGUUGAGGCCUUAUCUGUGACCAGUUCUCAGGGCCCCUUGCAAUUCUACUUGGCUCCUUUACUGUCAAGAGUAUGGCUGUUCCUCCUCUUGAAACAGAGAAGGUAGGAGAAGUGGCAGCUGGAGGCUGGGGUGUCGAAGAUCCAAAGGCUGCCUUCAGCUUUCCAUAACGGUAUAUUGCUUGUUGCUCCCAUUUGCAUUGGAAGCCCCCCAGCCAAAAAUAUUUUGCCCUCCUGGGUAUUUCCUCCACCAGGAGCCAGGAGCUAAAGUAUUUGUGAGCAGUAAAACCUGUAGUCCACCUGCUUUCCUUUGGCACAGAUGGUCUGGUUGUAAAGGCAGCUGGCUGACUUUAUUCUAGCAGGCAGCAAGGUUGCCAAAAUUGGCAUGAGAUUUGCCCUCGUGGGCCUCUUGGCUCAUUGCCUCAGACCUCAGGCCUCCUUUGCUUUUAAACAGAACCUGCACCACAACCAGGGUUGGGUGUGAAUCUUCUCGGAUGUUUUGCUGUCUAAUUCUUUUUCUUUCUCUAUUGCGUGUGUGUGUGUGUGUGUGUGUUUUUCCCCACCACCACUCCCAGCACGGAAGAUUGUCCCAUUUGCAGUGGUGGCUGUUUUCCAGCUUAGGAUCCUCCAAGGCUGCUUAAUACAAAGCCAGGCCGUGGGUCCAUUGAGCUCAGCAUCCCCUGCACCAACUGGCAGCAGCUCUCCAGGGUUUCAGGCAGGCCUCUGGGGACAGAAGCUCCAAGCAAAACAGGUGCUGCAGCAACUUCCAUUAGGAAGUUGAGAUCUAUUGAGUAAUUCUAAGGAAUCCCGAUAAAACUGCUUUUGUCUUGUAAGUGUAGGUUCCCAGGCCUCAGUUUUGUGGGCUGAUGGUGGUGGAUGAGAACUUGAAGGUGUGCAGUAUGGUUUCUGCAUUUAAUAUGGCUCUAAACUUUCCUGCACCAAUUUCCCCAAUACUCACAUGGCGCUCAGACUUCCUCUCCCAAUCCCUACCCAAGUGGAACACACAGAACAAAAUCCUGUAACCAUAUAAACACAGGUGGAUAUUAUGCAGAGUUGCUUCAUCUGCAUAACUCAGUUUCCUGGCUUCAGAACUUGUGGCUUCAGCUUUUCUUUUCUUUUUACCCUAGUGCAAAGUUCUAAGUUGGGAGGGGGGAUGAAGGCAGGGAGAGGCUUUUCCUAAACACCUUCUCCCCACCCCCCACCCCACCCCAAGCUCUGUCAGCAGUGGAUUCUGUGAUUUCUUGCUUUAAUGCGUACCAAGCUAGACACAGAAGUGGGAGAGAGAACUUGGGUCUGUUCUGAUUUAUGCGUAAAGCAGGCAUGGGAGGAUAAGGGGCCAGAUUUAAUAACAAAUCACUGAAAGCAUAAAAGUUCAUAUAGUUACUGGGAGAUGAACCUUCACCCUCUAGCACUUUUCUCUCAACCACGCUCUUCUGGGUGUCAGAGUUUGGCUCUGGCACAGGGAACACCUGGAGGGUGAUGGGAACUGGCUUGGAAUAAGGGUAAACUGUGGGGCAACCUCCAAACCCAUGUGCCCCAAUUGAUUUAAAGAGGAGCCCACUCCUCCCAGUCUUCUGCGUUACCUGGAGUUUCAGGCAGAGCUGAGUUUCUGCCAACAGGUCUCCCACUGCCCUGUCCAGUUUGGUCCCAUUGCACUCGAUACCAUUUGCAUUUCUUGCACAGGAAGUUGCUUGGUGCCCUGGGGUGGCCUCCACCCUCCAUCCAGGCCCAUCAGUUUCCUCACUCAGCUAAACUGGAAGCAGGCAGGGAGCUAAAGGGUCGUUCUGAAUCCAGUUCAGGGAAAAGGGUAGAUUUUGGGAUUUGUAAUGACAUAUAUAUAUAUAAGUAUAUACCUCAUUAAAAUAAGCUACAGCAUCAAACUUCAGACCCUUGGCUGUUUUCUGGGUCGGCCAUUUCAGGUUGUAGAAAUCCACCUCCUCUCCUCCCCUCCCCUCCCCUCUUUUUGAUGGGCUUUUUGUUUGUGCUGUGCUUUGCCAGGCUUUGGAGGUUGGUGGAGAAACCAGCAGCAGGUAAGGUGCAAGUGAGCAUUCACUCCACCUUACCCAAUUCUGAAUAUUGAAAGAUUGUAUGACGCUCAGGGCUUUUGAUAUGACAGAAAGGGCUGUCCCUCCACCCUGGUCUUAAGUUUCCUUUUGCAGAGGCAGUUUCCUUUCCACCCCCAGUUCAAGCAUGAAAUCCCGCAGCAGAGAUGCUGAGCUUCUUGGUGAGGUGCAUCCCCACAAGGAAGGAUCCUCCAGGCCCUCCUUGGCUUAGCUCUGGAUUGUGCAAAGCGUUGCAGACCUGGGACUUUCUGCACACGCAGCCUGUGCUCUGCCACUGAACUACAGCCUCUCUCUCACAAAGUCUUUU